AUGGACCAGGUAGGCAAGGAUGGUGUCUAUGAGGCAAAACGGAAGGAGGUGUCAGCACAGCCCAUGAUCAGAACCCCAGUAAAGCCAGAGAGGCUGCUGGUGCCCAAGCCCUUCCUCCCAUCCUCUGCCCUUGCAGCUCUUUGUCGCGGGCGUGUGGUGAGAGUCCCCGCAGGAACACUUGUCCGAGUGGUCGGCACCGAGCUGGUCAUCCCAUGCAAUGUCAGCGACUACGACGGCCCCAGCGAGCAGAACUUCGACUGGAGCUUCUCGUCGCCGGGGAGCAGCUUUGUGGAGCUGGCGAGCACCUGGGAGGCAAGCUUCCCCACCCAGCUGUACCAGGAGCGGCUGCAGAGGGGCGAGAUCCUGCUGAGGCGGACCGCCAACGAUGCAGUGGAGCUGCACAUCAAGAAUGUGCAGCCCUCGGACCAAGGCCACUACAAGUGCUCAACGCCCAGCACAGAUGCCACCGUCCAGGGCAACUACGAGGACACGGUGCAGGUUAAAGUACUGGCUGAUGCCCUGCAUGUGGGCCCCAGCGCAAGGCCGCCGCCCAGCCUGAGCCUGCGGGAGGGAGAGCCCUUCGAGGUGCGCUGCGCCGCCUCCACCAACUCGCCCCUGCACACCCACCUGGCGCUGCUGUGGGAACUGCACCGCGGGCCGACCCGUCGGGCCGUGCUCGCCCUCACCCACGAGGGAAGGUUCCGCCCGGGCCCUGGCUACGAGCAGCGCUACCACAGCGGCGACGUGCGCUUGGACACAGCGGGCAGUGACGCCUACCGCCUCUCAGUGGCCCACGCGCUGUCCUCUGACCAGGGCUCCUACUGGUGUGUGGUCAGCGAGUGGAUUGCGGAGCAGGGUUACUGGCAGGAGAUCCAGGAAAAGGCCGUGGAGGUUGCCACCCUGGUGAUCCAGCCGACAGUUCUGCGAGUAGCUGUGGCCAGGAAUGUGUCCGUGGCUGAAGGGAAGGAACUCGACCUGUCCUGCAACAUCAGCACAGACCGCGUGGAUGACGUCCGGCCCGAGCUGACCUGGUACUUCAGCAGGGUGCCUGACAGCACCUUGCCUGCCCGCCGCCAGCUGGCGCGGCUGGACCGCGACUCCCUCGUGCACAGCUCACCUCACGUGGCUCUGAGUCAUGUGGACACGCGCUCCUACCACUUACUGGUUCGAGAUGUCAGCAAGGAAAACACCGGCUACUAUUUCUGCCAUGUGGCACUCUGGACACCAGGACACAACCGGAGCUGGCACAAGGUGGCAGAGGCCAUGUCUGCCCCGGCCAGCGUGGGUGUGACAUGGCUAGAACCAGACUAUCAGGUGUAUCUGAAUGCUUCCAAGGUCCCUGGGUUUGCAGAUGACCCCACUGAGCUGGCAUGCCGGGUAGUGGACAUGAAGAACGCCGAGGCUGGAGUCCGUUUCACCGUGUCGUGGUACUACAGGAUGAACCGGCGCAGCGACAGCGUGGUGACGAGCGAGCUUCUUGCAGUCAUGGACGGAGACUGGACGCUGAGAUACGGAGAGAGGAGCAAGCAGCGGGCCCAAGACGGAGAGUUUAUUUUUUCUAAGGAGCACACGGACACAUUCAGUUUCCGCAUCCAAAGGACUACGGAGGAGGACAGGGGCAGUUAUUACUGCGUGGUGUCCGCAUGGACCAAACAGCGGAACAGCAGCUGGGUGAAGAGCAGGGACGUCAUCUCCAGGCCCGUCAGUAUAUUUUGGGCAUCGGAAGAUUCCGUGCUGGUGGUGAAGGCACGGCAGCCGAAGCCUGUCUUUGCUGCAGGAAAUACAUUUGAGAUGACUUGCAAAGUGUCUGCCAAGAACAUCAGGUCCCCCCGCUACUCUGUGCUCAUCACUGCUGAGAAGCCCGUCGGGGACUUCUCCAGCCCCAAUGAAACCAAGUCCAUCAUCUCCCUGGACCAGAACGCGGUCGUGAAGCUGGAGAACUGGACAGAUGCUUCACGGGUAGAUGGUGUUGUGUUAGAGAAAGUCCAGGAGGAUGAAUUUCGCUAUCGAAUGUACCAAACUCAGGUCUCAGACGCAGGGCUGUACCGCUGCAUGGUCACAGCCUGGUCGCCCGUCAGGGGCAGCGCAUGGCGGGAAGCAGCAACAGGUCUCUCCAAUCCGAUUGAGAUCGACUUCCAGACCUCAGGUCCCAUCUUUAAUGCCUCUGUGCAUUCGGACACACCAUCGGUCACCCGGGGAGACCUGAUCAAAUUGGUCUGCAACAUCACCGUGGAAGGAGCCCUGGACCCAGAUAACAUGGCCUUUGACGUGAGCUGGUUUGCGGUACACUCCUUCGGUUUGGACAAAGCUCCCUCCCUGCUGUCCUCCUUGGAUCGGAAGGGGAUCGUGACCACGGGCAGGAGGGACUGGAAGAGUGACCUCAGCUUGGAGCGCGUGAGUGGGCUGGAAUUCCUGCUGCAGGUACAUGGCUCUGAGGACCAGGACUUUGGCAACUACUACUGUGCCGUGACACCGUGGGUGAAGUCCCCAACAGGUUCCUGGCAGAAGGAGACGGAGAUCCUCUCCAAGCCCAUCUUUAUAACCGUGAAGAUGGAUGUGCUGAACGCCUUCAAGUAUCCCCUGCUGAUCGGGGUGGGUCUGUCCACCGUCAUCGGGCUCCUGUCCUGCCUCAUCGGAUACUGCAGCUCACACUGGUGCUGUAAGAAGGAGGUGCAGGAGACGCGGCGGGAGCGCCGGCGGCUCAUGUCAAUGGAGAUGGACUAGGUGGCGGCCAACAGGGAGGGGCCAAAGGACGUUCUGGGACGGUGGGGGUGAGAAGAGGACAGUGAUCCUUCAAAGGAAGUGCGUUACACUAAAACCAGUCCUCUCUAAUCUCAGGUGGGACUUGGCGCUCACUCGUUUCUGCAUGUCAGGUUCAGAGCGCGGAUGUGUUUACCAGCACGCAGCUCCUCAUCCCACAGCACUUUCUGAUGUAUAACAAUCGCGUGUGUUUCCCCGACUGCAGCUUUUUAAUGGUUAACCUUCGUCUGAUUUUUUUUUCUUCUCCUACUGGCUUAGAGAUCCUCCGACUUGUGUGUGUUGGUCACUUUUGUUGCGAUGGCUUGUGGUGAGGAAGGGGUAAUGGCGGUCAGAGUUCUUUAUCUUGCGUGAGAUUGUGCCCGCCCAUAGUAGGGGCUCCCUUGGGGAGGGCUGCCGCGGCUCUGCCCCAGCUGAGAGGUGACACAGACCUGUGCCGAAGGCUCGUUUGUGGUUUUCGCUACCCUGCUCCAUCUCCCUAUUUCCAGGAGUUUAGACUACAUUGGAAAUCUAAACUUGGGGUACGUAACUUCUCAUGGAGCCCAAAUGCAUUUCUUUUGCUUCUCUGCCCCUCCGCCAUUUCUUUUGCAUCCGUUUUCUGUAAGCGUGCUACUAGGGCAGCCCUGGAGUUUGGAAUUUGGCUUUCCACCGAGCACCUUAUCUCACCACCUUCGCCUUAAGAGUGAAUAUGAGGAUAAAACCACAGCUGCCUCCACCCAGGGCAGAUAGAAGUUCUGCAAAGAGGAGGAGGUUGGGGACCAGAAAAGGACAGACAUUCUAUCAGAUGGAUCUGCACCCGCUGACCCAGGGCCGCCAAGGAGAGCUCUAGGAAGUUAGGGUACGCAGCCCGCACCCAGAGGUCAGUGCAGUCAGGGCAGUGCCAGGCUGAAGCAGCCCCCCAUUUUGCCCUUCUGCCCUUCAUGAGGCAAAGUGUAGGCCACCAGGGGCCUUGCAGGGGACCCUCAGAUAGGCCGUGUCCUUCAUUUGCCUCUUGGGUCCCUUUGCAUGAAAGCAAAUUGCUGUUUGCAAGAUUGACUGACUUCAAGGACUCAGAAAUUGCUUGGAGGAAUCAUGUGUCUUCAGUGACCUUUUCAGUCCUUCAAACCUUUUUAAGAGCCCCUGCAGGGGGCCGGUGAGAGAGGGUAUACUUGUUGGUAUGUUUGCUUUCCUAUUAGGAAACCCAGCAAUUUACUGUCACGUGGGCAGCCUGUAAAGUAGGGCUGAGAGCAGCUGCUGUGCCCGACUGCCCCCAUCAGGAGCAGAGGAGCAGACAGGAAGAUGCUCCCGGUCCCCAGCUUCCACUUUGGCAGCGUCGCACCCCUCCAAGCCCUGGCUCCCUGGAGCGUCUCACACCCCACACUGCACUGGCCUUCUGGAAGCACCCCAGUGGGGUUUCCUGAGGCUCCCUGGUGACUCAUGCCCUGAUGGCAAUCCUCCUUGCAUUUAUUCUGGCUCUGAAGUGUCUAACACUGCUCUGUCUUCCAAAAGAGAAAAAGAUGCGUUUGUUUUGAGCAAUAAAGUAAUACAGAAUGAUAGCCCUUCCUGUGCAGCUCUUUGUCACCACAGGCCGGAUGAGCCGAGCUCCUCUCCGCUCUCCACCCCCGCUUCCCUCUCUGCUGCCUAUGACUGGGCCUCCACUAUCACUGGGUCGAUCCCAGAGGCAGAUUUCUACCUAGUUUUCCUUUUUUAUUUUGCCCAGUGUGGGGACCACUCCUGGAGUAGAGAUGCGAAAUUCUAUGCUGAUGGCUGCAGUACGGUUGGGUUCCAGGCUUCAAGUGUGGUGGAAAAACAGGCCGCAGGUAUGCCCUACCCCGGUGAGAGACUGCAGGAAACAGAGACCUCCUCAAGGCACUAGGUUCGGGUGUUCUCUACAUGCCAUUUCCUAAAUCCACUAUUUCAGAGAGAGUAGGACAUGAAUGAACGUAUAAACAGGAGUUAAGAGCAGCAGGCGCUGUCUUAGUUGCAGCCAGUGCCCUUGGGGUCUUCCAGUUACUACAUGAAGGUCAGGAUUGUUAGGGCACUGGUCCUCUUUAGUAAGAGGACAAAGUACUUAGCUUUGGACAGGACCAGGUAGAUCGCACCAGACACACGGUGGUGGUCAAGGGAUCAAGUGGUCACCUUUGCCUUUCGAGUGGGUGGUGCAGUUAGAGGCUGCGUUGUCACAGCACUGAUUUGCACAUACCCCGCUAUGUCCUUUUGGGUCAGCCAAACCUCACCUCAGCAAGGGGCAGGGAGAGGGGGCAGCAAUCCCGGGACAUGGCGCCGAGGACCUGGCACCUUCCGGGGACAUAAAAUUGCUUGGGAUGAGUGUCUGUUUUAAAAUGUGAGAUAUGCUCUUGUACCAAAUAGGGCUUCCCACAAAGUGCUCUUCUGGGAGAGGCUGCUGCCAGCAGCGCGGGCGAGCGUGGAGGAGGGGCCGGGCCGGGCCCCACGCGGAUGGAACUGCGCUUCUUGACAGAAACUGUGGAAGGUUGGGUUUUUCCCCAAUUGCUAAGGUGUAUCCAGAAGGAGCCUAAGCUGUGUUCAGAUAGAAGCCUCAAAAUUACUUUAGAUUGUUUACUUUAUGAUGUUUACAUACACGUUUCACUUUAAAAAAAAAAAGAAAAAAGAAAUAAAAGAAAAAUGCAAACUCUGGCUUUUUAAAAACUUUUCAGAUUUUUCAUGGGACAAUGGAACUCCGACUCACCAGCUGAAUUCAAUCUUAAGUUAGAGGUGUACUCAUGUGUGUUUCCCCCUCCUCCCGGCCACGCGGCUCCCUCCUGCCCACAUCUCUGUGUGUUGCCCUGGUGGCUCUCGCCUCUUGCUUUGCAGACUGCAGCCGCGAUUUUGUCACUGACAUCCGUGAGCCAAAGACUGAGCCUUUCGGGCAGGAACAAUAAGCAAUACUACACAACUUGCGACUUUCAGAAAACUUUUGUUUUUUAGCUUCACCGAUGACAACAGAGGAAGAAGGGAACUGGGCUUCGGGUAAGUUCUCCUCCGCUGUUCGACCAAACUCUCAGUGGUAGACGUCUGUGCAGAUCACUAGGAAAACGGCUUGACUGUCUUUUGAGCGUGGCGCAUCAGGAUCUGCAGAAUUUUCCAGAGACAAUGAAAAGGUCUUCUGUAUUUUUGUCCAUAUCCAAUGUUAAAUGAACUAAUUGUAUUGUUUUAUACUGUGACCACAGAUAUUAUGCAAUGCACCAUUUGUUUUUUAUUUCAUUAAAGGAAGUUUAAUUUAAA